AUGCCACCAAAAAUUCAACAAUCUAAGGCCGCCAAGGCCGCCGCUGCUAUGGCUGGUGGAAAGAAGUCUAAGAAGAAAUGGUCGAAGGGUAAGGUUAAGGAUAAGGCCCAGCACCACGUUAUCCUUGACCAACCUCUUUACGACAGAAUCUUCAAGGAGGCUGCCACUUACAAGCUUGUCUCUGUCUCCGUCCUUGUUGACCGUCUGAAAAUCGGUGGCUCUCUUGCCCGUGUUGCCCUCAGAGACCUUGAGGAGCAGGGCGUUAUCAAGCCUGUCAUCAAGCACAGCAAGCAGUACACUUUCACCCGUGCCACUGCUUCUGAGUAA